AUGGAGCCGAUUACUAGGGAGUUCAAGGACCUGCUUUUCCUCAGCUAUGCAGACGAUACAUAUAUUUUGGGGCCAGCGGCUAGGAUUCUGGAGGCUUUUGGGGUGUUGCGGGAGCGGUUGGAGUGGGUGGGGCUGGAGGUGCAGGCGCACAAGUGCCGGUUUUGGGAGCGCGAGGGCAAGGGGGUGGAGCGGGCACUGCCAUUGGGGAUGCAGCGGGUGGAUGAGGGUCUUACUGUGGUGGGCGUGUCUAUUGGAGAGGAGGUUUGGGAGGUGGUCCGGCUACGAGAGCGGCUUCGACAGUUGCAGGCGCCACUGCCAUGGCUCCCCUUGCUCGACCACCCCCAGACGGCUUCACACCUCCUCGCCAUUGCAGUUUCAGCGCGGCCGAUGUACCUCGCCCGGACUAUGCCACCGCGUCCGGAGGUGGUUGAGGCUUUUAGGGAUUGGGACAACUGUUUAGAGGAUUGCUUUGAGCGGCUUUUCCCACCUGGCACUUGGGAGCAGGACCCCGACCGGUCUAGGCGCGCACGCAUGCAGCUGCAUCUCCCUGUGCGUCUCGGCGGGUUCGGGAUCCGGGCGGCGGCCUCUUUGAGCCCACUGUGCUAUGUUUGCGGGUGGGCGCAGGCCGCGCGUGACAUUGCACAGUUAGGGGUGGCGGGCGAGGAGGCGAUGUUUGUUGAGUACCUCACCACUUCGACAGGGGCAGAGUUUCUUGACCCGUGGUUUGUCAAGGCUCUCGAGCAGUUGCCAGCGACUAUCCGCCACGAGAUACCGGGCUUACCUGGCCCGGGGGCAGGUGCAUGGGUUUCGGCGGUUCCGGCUCACUCAGAUCUCACAUUCACUACGGCUGAGUGGGGCAUUGCUGCUGCUAUACGGCUCGGCCUCCCAAUUCAGCAGCUGCAAGUGGCGGGGAGGUGUGUUUGUGGCACAGCGUAUGUUGACCCAGCAGACCCGCACCAUGCCCUGAGAUGCAGGCACCAACAUGGUCCUUCUCGGGUGCAUGAUGAGGUGAAGUUUGCGGUGGCAAAGAUCUCUAAGGCGUCGGGGGGGGUGGUGACAUUGGAGGAUAGUGUGGUGCUGCAAGGGAAGCGGGUUGAUGUGGCGGUGCGACGUCCAAUGGCUGGAGAGGCUCACGCCCUAGAGAUCAGCGUCGCGGACCCGCUAUCGCUGUCUCCAUCACUGCUGGGACACUGCGGGCGUCAAAUAGGUGUGGCGGCAAGGGAAUGGGAGCGUCGCAAAACGAGUGAUUACGCGCCUCUGCUUGCACGCAAUCGGGGCGUGCAGUUCACCCCUUUGAUAGUUGAGACGUGGGGGUGUCUCGGCGGUCGUUUUCAGCGGAGGCUUCGUGAGCAGGGGGGUGUGCACGUGGGGCUAGCUGUGUCGCGGGGGGCUUGUCGAGAGGACGACUCUGUGUUUUCGGCUUAUCUUUUAGGGUCACUGAAGGCGCUCAUCGGGGUGGCGUUACAACGUGCGCAAGCCCGUGUCAUCCUGCUUCGAGCGGCGUCUUCCAUGGGGGGGAUUAACGUAGAUUUGGCGGAUCGGGAGAGGGACGAUGUCAAUGUGGAAGGCGGGGCUCUCUGGGUGGAGGCCCCGUACAUGGUCGAUACGUUGACGUGA